AUGGCCAACAUCAGCUCUCACACUGUGUUUGAGCUCAGCUGUUUCCUGGAGUUGGGUCGUCUACGUCCUCUUCUCUUUCUGCCUUUGUCUCUCUUCUACUUCCUGUCUUUGGGGGCUAACUUCCUGUUGAUAUUUGUGAUUCUGCGGCACCACAGUCUGCACUCGCCCAUGUGCCUGCUCAUAGCAGGGAUGGCCUGUGUGGACGGGGCCUUGCCUCUGCUGGUCCUGACUCCCGUCCUGCUCAGCUUCCUGUUGGGCUGGACACAGAUGUCUCUGAGUGCCUGUCUGCUGCAGAUGUUUGCAGCCCACCUCCUGGGGACCUUCCAGUCCACCAUCCUGCUGUGGAUGGCUCUGGACAGGUGCCUGGCGGUGGUGUGCCCAUUGCGGUACAGUGCCCGGUUGUCUGGGAGGGUGUUGUUGGGUGUGGCGGUCCCUCUUGUACUGAGGAACGUGGUUCUGAUCUCCGGGCUGGUGGUGUUGGUGAGCAGGCUGCACUUCUGUGACUCUGUGCUCUUGAACUGUUUCUGUGAGCACAUGGCUGUAGUGAGGCUGGCCUGUGGAGACACGUCUCUGAACUCGGCCCUGGGACUCCUCGUCAUCGGCCUGGUCCCGGUGCUGGACUUCGUCCUCAUCGCCGCAUCCUAUGUGGUUGUCCUGAUGACGGCUCUGAGCGGCCGCGCCGUCACCAAGGCAACAAACACCGUGGUGACGCACAUCAUUGUCAUGUCCAUUUCCUUGACCGUGAUCCUCGUGGCCUUCAUCUCUUAUCGUGUCCAACACAAACUGCCACUCACUGCCCGUCUGCUCUGCAGCGCCCUCUACCUGUUCCUGCCCAGUACCACCAACCCCCUGGCCUUUGGCAUUCGGACUCAGGAGAUACGCAAACAAAUCCUUCAUCUGCUCAGACCUGUGUUCUGUUUUAACUCCAGCUGA